UUAAGUACUUAAGUUACCACUGGAAUUCCGUCCGCAACCAUGGCGUCUUGUCUAAAACGAAGAACAAGUAAACUUCUAUCGCAAAAGCCUCGAAUCCUUUCAUCCUUCUUCGCCGAGAGAUGGUUUGGUAUGUUGGCUUACCAAGACCAUUUAGCACAUAAGACUAAUACUUCCAUUAUCAAGAACCUUGCUUUAAUAAAAGAUGGGUUAACAGCUUCUUUUUCAACAUUCUCUGAUUCAACCAAUGAACUGGUGGAAGCAGAAGUAUCCACCAACAUUCCCGAUGAAAAAGAUGAAACACUCCAAGAUCAGAGUAUCAGUUACCACCAAAAACCUGUCAAGAUUUAUUCAUACAAUGGGGAUGCAACAACCACGAAACAUCACAAAUCUUUGAACGAAUGCCAUCUCUCCACAAAGCAAAACUCGAUAAACUUCAAUCCAAAUUACAAAUCCUUCAUGACCUCGGAUUCACCUCCUCUGACUUAGUCAAAAUCAUAAGCUGUAGGCCCCGUUUUCUCAAAUCAAGACUCAACAACUGCCUCGAUGAACGUGUCAACUACCUCGAAAACAUAUUCGGAUCAAAACAAACCCUCCAAAAAGCCAUUCUUAGAAACCCUUCCAUUCUUACAUACGAUUUAAAAAAAAUGAUCAAACCCACAGUCGAGUUAUACAAAUCAAUGGGUAUAACCGGAGACGAUUUAGCCCUAAUGCUACUAUCACGCCCCACCAUAAUCCCACGCACCUCACUAACACCUGAAAAAUUGGAUUACAUUAAAAGAACGGGUGCUUCUCGAGAUUCUAAAAUGUACAAAUACGUUGUUACCCUUAUGGCGAUUUCACGAAUCGAAACAAUUCGUGAAAAAAUAGCGAAUUUGGAGAAAUUUGGGUUUGUUGAGGAUGAGGUUUUUCGUCUUUUGGGCACCUCGCCACUUGUGUUGACUUUAUCGGUUGACAAAGUUCAAAGGAAUAUGACUUUUGUGGUGGCAAGUAUGAAAUUACCAGCGAGGGUAGUGCUGAGUCAUCCGUUUUUGCUUUAUAAUAAUCUUGAAACGGUUAUGAAACCUCGGAUGAUUGUUGCUGGGAAGAUUGAGGAUUUGGGAUUGGUUCCGAGGAUUGAGGGGUUUAAGGUUUUUACGGCUUUGAGGAUGACAGAAAAGAGGUUUUUGAAGGCGUUUAUUGAUUGUCACCCUUUGGAGAUUUCAAAGUUGUUGAUGGAAUGUUAUUUGGAUGCAAAACAUGUGAAAAGAUUAGCCGAAGAAUCCAAGAAGAUUUUGCAUAAAGGGUUUCCUUUUUGAGGUUAUAUGUUUUUUAAUGUGUUUGUCAAAUUACUUGUGUAACUUAAGUUUAGCAAAUGAGAAUGAUUUUAAAGAUUACAUUUUUCAAUGUAAAGUUACAUUGUUUGAGGAC